AUGUCCGACGGAUCUACCGUAACCUUCCAGCUGCCUACACAUGUAUCCUCAUUGAGAUACACUCACUCUCGGAAGCUCCUAGUUGGUUCUGAUGACGGAAGUCUGCGGGUCUAUCAUCCUCCGGAUGUCAGAGUUGUAAAGGCCAUUCGAGGUCUUGGUGACGAGGUGUCUUCCAUCGCACUGCACAGGAAACCCAAAGGCGACGAGGAUGAAGGCCGUGCUUGGGUAGCUUGCGGAACGCAAGCUAUUCUCUUUGACUAUCAAGCUGAAAAGCUUGUCCUGACCCGUUCUGACGCUUUGGAUACCAUCGUACUUUCAGAGGAUGAAGAUGAUGUGUUGAACGAGAUCGCCGUGAACUCAACAGGUAAAACUCUGGCGUUUUCCACGGAUAGCGGAGCGGUCGGCGUGGUUGAUUUAGCCUCACGUCGUGUGCGUAGGAUGAAAACGAGACACAGUAACAUCUGUGGUAGUGUCAGCUUCAUCCCAGGCAGACACAACGAGCUGGUUAGCGGAGGAUAUGACUCUGCAUUGCUUCACUUCGACUUCAGUUUGGGGAAUUUGUCUUCCAGACAGGAUUUCUCCGCCGCACCACAGGCGUCGGGUAUUUCCCUGUCUCCCCCGUUCGUUCUCUGCCUGUCUGUUCACACCCAGGGCAUUUGCGCUGUCGGGACUGCCGAUGGGCAUUUAUGGAUUGGUCGCGGCGGUGAAGAUCGUGAACGGGGGAAGUCAUCGUCUACCAAACGAAAGAGGUGGAACGGCCUGGCCGAGGACCAAGCGCAAAUGACCAGGGUGGCGGAUGGCCCGAUUGUAGCGGUGGCAUUCAUCGAAUGCACCCAAGUACUGACUUGCACUCUGCGUGGUGUGCUUUCUUGUCACAACAUCUCUGCAUCAGACAGCAGUGGAUCGUUCACCGUCGCGCCGAUCUGGACGACACAGGUAAUGGGAAUGGAAAAGGUCAACGCGCUCUCGGUCAACCUACCGCAUAUAUCCGUCGGAGGGUUCAACUCGCAAGGAAAGGGGUUGGUGGUUGUUCUUUCUCGGGAUGCAGCUCCAAAUAAUGCCGUUCGUGAGGAUUAG